AUGGCGGCACUGCCCAAUGACGUACUCGUCUUGAUAGGAGAAGAACUACAACGCAAGACGGAUCGUUGGAGUCUCAUCUUUGUAUCGAGGCAUUUUCACGACUUGUUCCUUCCCCUGGUCUACAGAAAAGUCUCACUCCAAGGUUGGAGGGAUGCGGCUUCAUUCUUCUACGCCGUCGUUAAACAACCAACCCUCGCUCGCGCUGUGCGCGAGUUAGAUUUUACAAAAUGGCAUGCAGAAGGCGUGCGGGAAUAUGAACACGAUAAUAUCACGAGCUGCACCCUAUUGACUGAGUGGGUGUCAUCUGUAUCACACUCGCAGGCCGAGAGUGAUCGAUGGAUUCAAUCCCUCGCUCAAGGGUCGAGUGAUGCCUGGAUUGCGACUAUUCUCCCCCUUCUCACUCAGUUACGGAGGCUUCACCUGGUUUAUUCAACAAGCUCGCCUCACCUCGAUCGAAUGAUGCAAAGGGUAGUGAGCGGUGAAACUCCAUUCACCGCCCCAACGUUCCGUCAUUUGGAUCUGGUUUCACUGCAUCACCGGGAAGAUCUCGACCAAGGCGAUAGUUCAGAGAACCAAGAGCCAUCAAGUUCCCAACUGCUCCUACCUUUCUUCCAAUUGCCCUCUGUCCGUGUAAUCACAGCUAGUUCUGUGGUGGACAAACCUCCAAGCCUGGACCCCGACAACCUAUCAGGAACCGAUAGCCCCAAGGCUGGCUUUUCAUCUGUCACCGAAAUCGACCUCCGCGCAAGCAGCGGGAAUCACGGAAUGGAGAUGCUGAUUGCGUCCUGUGCCGAAUUGAAAUCUUUCAAAUACCAACAUUCAGAUGCCCACGUCUUGUCGCACGGGUAUCGACCAUCAGCCUUUCAUCGGUCCCUGAGCAGCAGCAAAAAGACACUACAAACACUAUGGCUGGACCAUUUUGGAAGCCACUACCCAUUCACAGCAGCCGGGCUAAAUCAGUCUCACGAUGAAUGGUUCGGUUCUCUGGCCGAUUUCACUGCUCUCCGUGAAGUGCGCGUGCGACUGACGAAUCUCCUGGAUAUCCGACUGCUGGAUGAGCCGGUGAUUCCUCUGGUAGAUUGCCUGCCGUCAUCGCUGGAGACAUUGUAUAUCGAAGGGUGCGAGGAAAGAUAUUUCGGUAUGCUCGUUUCGCAACUGCAGACGGUGAUGAAGACUCGCGGUCGGUUCCCCAAGCUCCAGCGUGUUGAGAUUGAAGGCGCAUUCCACAAUGCCUCGGAUGAAAACAGUCAUAGCUCGGGUGCCGUUCUCGAAUCUGCGAUCAAGAACAAGGUUCUUCAGGCUGCGGAGCCGUUGCAUAUUGAUUGUGUCAAUGCUGGUAUGGAAUUGCGCAUUCAUGACCGGGCUUUGUCGCAUUUUUGA